UGAUCUUCCAUUCAAAAAAUGGCGGCUUGACACCGACAUAAGUCAAUCGUGUUGUCCCCUUGGAUAACACCGGACUGUAUCUUCUUCAGGUUCUUCAGUGAUAUCUGGCUUUUAAGUGACAAAUGUGGUGACAAUUGACAUGUUCUGUGAUCCUAACAAAUUACAAUCAAUGUUUUUUUGAAUUAAAACUGUGAUAAGAGGUCUUAUGUGUUUUGUGAUAAAAAGGGUAUUUACAAGUUUACAAUCACACAUGGUCCCAAAAAACAUAAUUCUGGUAAAAAUAUGUAUGAUAGAUUUAAAACGACCAAACGUCUCUCUGCCAUAGUGGCUGUCCUCACUUUUAUCUGGGUCUGUAAAGAAUUUUCUGGUACAACCGAGUUUUUCCAGUAUACAAACAAGAUUCUGCAUAGCAUAAAAUAUGACUAAGCAAAAGGUGUCGUACUUCUUUAAUCCAGAUGUAGGGAACUUCCAUUAUGGCACAGGCCAUCCCAUGAAACCCCAUAGACUAUCGGUGAUACACAGCUUGAUCCUCAACUAUGGUCUCCAUAAGCACAUGCAAAUAUAUCGCCCAUAUCAAGCUAGUGCUCACGAUAUGUGCAGGUUUCAUUCUGAUGAAUAUAUAGAUUUUCUCCAGAAAGUUACACCUCAGAACAUUCAAGCUUUCACAAAGCAUCUCAGCCACUACAAUGUUGGUGAUGAUUGUCCAGUGUUUUAUGGCCUAUUUGAUUUCUGCUCAAUGUAUACCGGGGCUUCCCUUGAGGGUGCAAUGAAGUUGAACAAUCAUGAUUGUGAUAUAGCUAUCAAUUGGUCUGGUAAGUUAUUGCUUCAUUUAUACUUAAUUAUAAAAACAUAUAAUAGUUUGAAGUGGGAGCUUGGGUGCAUUCUGAUAUCUCUACAGUUUGGAAAUGACCUCUUGUGUUGAAGAAGUCUUGCAUUUUUAAAAGUAGGGCUCUCAUCUGAUAUUCAUAAAACAUACAAAACAGUGUGAAAACUCUGCCUUUUUAUUGUACACUUAUAACUUUCCCACUAUUGGAAAAUUUUCAAAACCCACAAAGUUUUUUCAACCUCGUAAUAGUAGUAACCUUGUGUUCACAUUUCAGAGACUGGUACUGUUCUUCUUCACUCUGUCACUAUUGGGUCAAUUAUCAACACCUGCACAACUUUUCUUUCUUUGGCAGAUUAGUAAACUUGUUUCAAAAUAUCAUCAAAAUCUGAGUGAUAAUUUCUAAAUUAUCAGUCAUGUAAAGGUUGCAAUUUCUUACAAUGCCACCAGGUGAAAAACUUGUGAUAUACGAGUAGUAUGUAGGCGUUACUAACGCCAUGUACAGAUAUGUAACAACACCGCGAACCGAACCAGUCGACGAACCGCAGCGCGCGCAUUUUGACGAACAACAUUGCAACGAACAUCACCACAAACCGAACACCGUCGUCCAACCACACCGCGCAACAAAAUGACGAUCCAGUUUUGAUGUUUGUCGUUCAGUGAAAGACGAAUACCAGCGGAAAUGUAUAUAACAGUAGCAGCAGCUGCCAAUAUUUAUAUUCACUACGAAUUAUCCAAAAACAAGCGACGACGAUGUCCAAGACGAUGGUGGCAAACGCAGUUAUAUACCAAUAGAUCAGCACACGGUUGCAACAGUUUGAUAGCGUAAUUGAUAAUUCAACAAGUAACACGACAGUACAAAAUUUUUACGAGGAUGUCUCCGACGGACUUUGAAUAUAUUCUCACGCUGGUUGAACCAAAAAUACGAAGACAAGAUACAAAAUGGAGAGCUGCCAUUAUAGUACAAGCAAGACUUGCAGUCACGGUGCGAUUUUUAGCGACCGGUGAUUUGUACAGUAGUUUGCAAUGCAUGUUUCGAAUUUCAAAACAAUCGAAGUUUUAAAGGAAAAUAUACAAGUAAGAAAAAUAAUUUUACUUCUAAGUACAUUACAAAAUAACGCAUGGGUGCUCGCCGAACCGGUAUGCCUGUCCAAACAUGUGCAACUUCAUCGCGAAUCAUUCCUUUGAUGUUGCGCUGAAAAACCGACGGAGUCUGGGUUGGGCCGAACGGCGAGCUGUAAAGGUGCGUAUACAUAUGCGAGCCGAGCGGUUCGCGAGCCGCUUGUGAGCAACUUGUUCGGUUAAUUGGGACGGGGUUUAUGGUUCCAAACGAACUGCUUGUGAGCCGCUCGCGACUAGCCGCGGCCUGUCGGUUUUUUCGACGAACACAAAGGAAUUCGCAGUGCAUAUUGGGACGUGUUUAGACAAGGUUCGUUGUUUUUCUUUAGCUCGCGAGCGAACUUUAUUUUUCUUCAAUAAAGUUAUGGAUUCAUGGUCGGAAGAAAAAAUAUUAUGUCUGAUAAACGUUUAUAAAAUCCAAAUGUAAUUAUGGGAUCCUAAAAAUGAAAAUCACUUCAAAAAAAAUUUGAAAGAGGACGCUUGGCGGGAAAUUGCGGAUGAAAUGGAAACCACUGCUGAACAGUCCAAAAAGAAAAUAAUAAGCCUCUUAGCUUCUUUCCGCCGGGAGAAAAAUAAAACAAAGCAGGGGACUAGUACAGGGAAAGGAAGAGAUUAAGUUUAUUGCAGCAGAUGGUUUGCCUAUGAAGCAUUUAGGUUUUUAGAAGUCAGAGAUUUGCCACGAAAAAGACUUGCUACGGAGGUUUGCACCAUGCAAAGAAGUUUGAAGCAUCUGGGUUCUGUUAUGUGAACGACAUUGUCAUAGGUAUUUUGGAAUUACUAAAAUACCAUCCGAGAGUUUUGUAUAUAGAUAUUGACGUGCAUCAUGGAGAUGGGGUGCAAGAAGCAUUUUAUUUAACAGAUCGGGUGAUGACUGUCAGUUUCCAUAAAUAUGGCAACUAUUUCUUUCCAGGAACUGGUGAUAUGUAUGAAAUUGGUGCAGAAAGUGGCAGAUACUAUUCUGUAAAUGUCCCUUUGAAAGAGGGAAUUGAUGAUGCAAGUUACUGGCAGGUAUUCAAGCCAGUAAUAUCAGCAGUUAUGGAAUUUUACCAACCUACUGCAAUUGUACUUCAGUGUGGGGCAGAUUCACUUGCAAAUGACAGGUUGGGUUGUUUUUCAUUGAGCACUAAGGGCCAUGGUGAAUGCGUAAAAUUUGUGAAGAAUUUGAAUGUUCCCACACUGGUAGUUGGUGGUGGAGGCUAUACCCUUCGGAAUGUUGCCAGAUGUUGGACUUAUGAGACCUCCCUAUUAGUUGAUGAACAAAUCUCGAACGAGCUACCUUUCACUGAAUACCUGGAAUUUUUUGCACCAGAUUUCACUCUGCAUCCUGAGGUAGUCACCAGGCAGGAAAAUGCCAAUAGUAAGCAAUAUCUGGAGGCAAUCACCAAGUAUACUUAUGAUAACUUGAAGAUGUGCCAGCACUCUCCAAGUGUUCAAAUGCAUGAUGUCCCAGGACCUGCAAUCUCAGAGGAUGAAAAAAUGAAAGAAGAAGAAGAUCCUGACGUCAGAAUCAGUCAAGAUUUAGAGGAUAGAAUGGUGGAGGCAAAAAACGAAUUUUAUGAUGGUGAUAAGGAUAAUGAUAAGGAUGAUAGCAAAACAUAAAAUAUUAGUUCGUUGUAGAAUUUUUAUAUUUUCAUGGUAAAAUAUUGUAUAAUAAUAUGACAAAUUCAGCCAAUUGCAUCAAUUUUGACAGUAUCUAUUAUUGUAGAUCUAAAUAAUAUGGUGAAGUUAUGAGAUAUUAUCAAUAUCAAUAUAAGUUCAUUAUUACAACUAUAAGUUAUCAAUUGCAGUAAUUCAUUUGACUCAGGAUUUAUUUAUUUAUCGCAAGUAAAUCAUAUUCUAUUAAUCAGAAUGAAUUUCCUCCUCUUCAUCACUAAAAUACCCACUCUUCCUAAUUUUCUUUUUUGAACUUAUCCUGUUGCCAUCUUCAUCAUAAUUUCCUGUUGCCACUUUGUACCUGUAUUGUUCUAACUCAAUUUUUUCUUGCUACAAAUGAAAAUAUAUUGUGAUUCAGAUUGAACUGCACCCAUACUACAUAACUUAAAACGUGACAUUACAUGGAUUUUGUAUAACAUUGUGUAUGUUUUUUCUAUAGAAUGUGACCUUUGAACUAGCUGAUAUUCACUUCAUGCUCACUUUUAGUAGAUCUGGAAUGAUCUAGCGGAUAUUAGUGGCUACCUAGUGCACAAGUUGAAAUUUUACCGAUGUUUUACAAUAUAGGUUUUUUACGUAAUAACCCUGAGGCAACGAUGUCCACUUUUGCUCCCACUAGGAGGCGCUUUUGUGGUUGGUGGUCGAGUUGACCAAAAUAGAACGGAAAAAGACAGUUUUGAUAUAAAAAGUAACCUGUUUUUCACAACAUCACGUUAUGACGUCUAUAUCAUGGUCAUGACCCACAACCUAACUGGCACCCUCCUGGCUUUCUAGAUUACCACCCACUGGCAGUUUGAGAAUUUCAAAUAAUUAUAAACCUAGUGCUCAGUCAAAUCGACAAUCCUGAAGUAAAUGAGCAUUAAUAAUAAUAAUUAUUUUUAAAGAUACAAAAAUGAAAGU